UCCCCUCCCCUCCCCCCUUCCUCCUCCAGCUCCAGCCUCGGCGGCCGCGGGGCUGACCGAGGCUAUGGAGUAAACCGGUGACCGCGGCCAGGUGCGGAGACCGAGCAGGGACAGGCAGGUGGCUUUUCUGGGGGCGGGAGUGGGGGUGAGCGAUCCCCAGCACCGCCCCUCCCAGGAGGAGAGGAGAAAGGUAACUGGAAGCACCUCCUAUUGCAGCCAUGGAGUCCAUGCUUAAUAAACUGAAGAGUACUGUUACAAAAGUCACAGCUGAUGUCACCAGUGCUGUAAUGGGAAAUCCUGUCACCAGGGAAUUUGAUGUUGGUCGACACAUUGCCAGUGGUGGUAAUGGGCUGGCUUGGAAGAUUUUUAACGGCACAAAGAAAUCAACAAAGCAGGAAGUGGCUGUUUUUGUCUUUGAUAAAAAGCUGAUUGACAAGUACCAAAAAUUUGAAAAGGAUCAGAUCAUCGAUUCUCUGAAGCGAGGAGUCCAGCAGCUAACUCGGCUGCGGCAUCCUCGGCUGCUUACUGUACAGCAUCCUUUAGAGGAGUCAAGAGAUUGUUUGGCAUUUUGUACAGAACCAGUUUUUGCCAGUCUAGCCAAUGUCCUUGGUAACUUGGAAAACCUUCCUUCCACCGUAUCAACGGACAUGAAGGAUUAUAAACUUUAUGAUGUAGAAACCAAAUAUGGCUUGCUUCAGGUUUCUGAAGGUUUGUCAUUUUUACAUAGCAGUGUGAAGAUGGUUCAUGGAAAUAUUACUCCUGAAAAUAUCAUUUUAAAUAAAAAUGGAGCCUGGAAAAUAAUGGGUUUUGAUUUUUGUGUAUCAUCAACCAAUCCCUCCGAACAAGAGCCAAAAUUUCCGUGUAAAGAAUGGGAUCCAAAUUUGCCAUCGCUGUGUCUUCCGAAUCCUGAAUAUUUGGCUCCUGAAUACAUCCUUUCUGUGAGCUGUGAAACAGCCAGUGACAUGUAUUCUUUAGGAACUGUCAUCUACGCUGUAUUUAAUAAAGGAAAACCUAUAUUUGAAGUCAACAAACAAGACAUUUACAAGAGUUUCAGUAGGCAAUUGGACCAGUUGAGUCGCUUAGGAUCUAGUUCACUUACGAGUAUACCAGAGGAGGUCCGUGAACAUGUGAAACUACUGCUAAAUGUAACUCCGACUGUGCGACCAGAUGCGGAUCAGAUGACAAAGAUUCCUUUCUUUGAUGAUGUUGGUGCAGUGACGCUACAAUAUUUCGAUACUUUAUUCCAAAGAGAUAAUCUCCAGAAAUCACAGUUUUUCAAAGGACUGCCGAAGGUUCUAUCAAAACUUCCCAAGCGUGUCAUCGUGCAGAGGAUUUUGCCUUGUUUGACCUCAGAAUUUGUAAACCCUGACAUGGUACCUUUUGUUUUGCCUAAUGUUCUACUAAUUGCUGAAGAAUGUACCAAAGAAGAGUAUGUGAAGUUAAUUUUACCUGAACUUGGUCCUGUGUUUAAACAACAGGAGCCAAUCCAGGCUAGCAACAUGAUUUUGCUAAUUUUCCUACAAAAAAUGGAUUUGCUGCUAACUAAAACCCCUCCUGACGAGAUAAAAAACAGUGUCCUGCCAAUGGUUUACAGAGCGCUAGAAGCUCCUUCGAUUCAGAUCCAGGAGUUAUGUCUCAACAUCAUUCCAACCUUUGCAAAUCUCAUUGACUACCCAUCCAUGAAAAAUGCUUUGAUACCAAGAAUUAAAAACGCCUGUCUGCAAACAUCUUCCCUUGCUGUCCGUGUAAAUUCAUUAGUGUGCUUAGGAAAGAUUUUGGAAUACUUGGAUAAGUGGUUUGUGCUUGAUGAUAUUCUACCCUUCUUACAACAAAUUCCAUCCAAGGAGCCUGCAGUCCUCAUGGGAAUUUUAGGGAUUUACAAAUGUACUUUUACACAUAAAAAGUUGGGAAUCACCAAAGAGCAACUGGCUGGGAAAGUAUUGCCUCAUCUGAUUCCCCUAAGUAUUGAAAACAAUCUUAAUCUUAAUCAGUUCAAUUCUUUCAUUUCUGUUAUAAAAGAAAUGCUUAGUAGAUUGGAAUCUGAACAUAAGACUAAACUGGAGCAACUUCAUAUAAUGCAAGAACAGCAGAAAUCUUUGGACUUAGGAAAUGCUUCUGAGGAAUCAAAAGUUGCAAAUAUUGGGAAUCAGCAGAUUGACAAGGUGUUUAACAAUAUUGGAGCAGACCUUCUGACUGGUGGUGAAUCAGAAAAUAAAGAUGACACAUUACAGAAUAAACAUAAAAAAGUAUCACUUACACUUGAAGAAAAACAGAAAUUAGCAAAAGAACAAGAGCAAGCACAGAAGUUAAAAAGCCAGCAGCCCCUUAAACCCCAGGUGCAUACACCUGUUGCUCCGGUCAAGCAGACUAAGGACUUGACAGACACGUUGAUGGAUAACAUGUCGUCUUUGACCAGCCUUUCUGUUGGCACUCCUAAACUUCCUGCUUCAAGUUCCUUCACCUCUGUUCCUUCCUCGGGCCUGGGCAUGCUGUUUUCUACACCGAUUGAUAAUACAAAGCGAAAUUUGACAAACGGCCUAAACGCCAACAUGGGCUUUCAGACUUCGGGAUUCGGCAUGCCAGUUAAUCCAAACCAGAACUUCUUCAGUCAUUCAAGCACUGCUGGAGCGACCAAGAUGGCUGCGGGACCACCUGCCGCCUUUACAGGUCUCGCUGACUUGAGUGUCCCACUUGCUGCUGGGGUGAAACAGACCCAACAGAGACCCACAGAUAUGUCUGCCCUUAACAAUCUCUUUGGCCCUCAGAAACCCAAAGUUAGUAUGAACCAGCUAUCACAACAGAAACCAAAUCAGUGGCUUAAUCAGUUCGCUCCUCCUCAAGUUUCUCCAGGUAUGGGUAGUGCAGUAAUGGGGACACAGAUGAACAUGGUAGGACAACCUGCCUUUGGUAUGCAGGGCAAUCCUUUCUUUAACCCACAGAACUUUGCUCAGCCGCCAACUACGAUGACUAACAGCAGUUCAGGCAGCAAUGAUUUAAAAGAUCUUUUUGGGUGAGGUGUCCUGCUCCUGUUUUUGAAGGAUUACUUCAGUUUUAGUCACGGAGGAGCUGAUUGACAUCGUUGUAUAGAUGGCUUGAAGGAAAUGGUUCUGUGACAGAAAACACGGUUUUCCAUGCCAGCCAACAUAGUAACUGUGUGGACUCCGAACCAGUUGAGUUUUUUAAAGCACUGAGGAUUUUUUUUUCCUCUUACCAGUUCCUCUUCAGGUUUUUAAAGAUUCAACUCUUAGCAAUCUCAAAGAGAAAAACAAACAAACAAAUAAAAAAAAACAGAUCAACUAAGUUAUCUUCAGUAACAGAACUUUCAAAUCACAUGUUUAUUUUGACUUGUAAAUCUCUGUGUUAUUUUAAAAUUGAGUUGACUGUAACUGCAAGUGUAUCUGUUGGGUUCCGCUUGGCAGACAGGCUGCCAUUCCAAGUCAUUGGUCUUCACUUGAAUAUGUAAAAAAUCUUGAUGCUGUACUUAUUUAUUUAGUAUGACCAGCUGAGAAGAUAUAAGCAUAAAGGGGAAGAUCAGGUCAUUGGCUUUUUCCAAUUUUAUUUGCUUUUCAUAGGAUGAACUAAUAUUAAGUACAAAAGACAGAGCAAAUGCUGCGAAUUAUACUUGCCCUGGUUUCAUUGGUUUAAAAUGCAUCAUUAACCAUCUUAUAAUGCAAACUGAUCAUUGUAAACUAUAUUUUAGCAUGAUCUGCCUCAAAUAGUAAUGUAUUUUUCUGCAUUUACUUGAAUGUAUUUAGAAUCACUUUUUUCCUACUGUAUCACAAGAGUGUGUACUUAUUUGUACAGGGAAUUGACAAAGCAUCUGAUGUAAUUUCCCUGACUUUUGCCUUCAUAUUUCAUUUUGAAUUCAAACUUCUGAGGCUACACCAUAUAAAAAUUACAUUUUCAAAAGGAGAUUUGUAAGAAUUAAACUAUAUUUAAUGAGUAAACUUUUGAGAAUUCUGCUUUAUUGUUUCAAAUGUAAUAAAUUUCUCUAAAAAUGAGCAGUUAUAUCUUCUGGCCACCAAUAGAUUAAUUUUCAGCUUGCUGUGAUACUCUGAAAUCAGUGUUAUGGAAGUUUAAUACUUUUUCUAGGAAUUUCAGGAACUUUUGUUCACAUUUUAAUGUCUUUUAAUGAGCCAUUUUUAGAAAGGAAAGAAUAAAAUCUUAAGAGGAGACAUGCUUUGCUUUUCAAAAUCUCUGAUGGUUUUCUUUAAUUUGCUAAUUACUCAACCACUGAGCCUUAUGCUACGAAUGUCAUUUGUAUUUUUAAAAGCUAUAUUCUACCGUUAUGUGAUAAUUUUAGUACUAUCUUUUAAAGAACUAUAUGUGUCUUACAGAGGCUGCCAUAUAAUUUGUGGGUUUUGAUUAUCUGGAACCAGCAAUCAUUUAAAUAAACCAUAUGAAGUUCAGUCAGUGUGCUGGUCCUAAGCGCUUAUUCAUUGAAUAUUAAUAUUCACUGAAAAUAUGUAUAUACACACAUCAAACAUACAUGUGCUCAAUAUGUAAAAUUCAGACCUCAAUCAUGAAGUCUAACGUGGUGAUACAGUUCCUGUUAGCAUGAGUGAAGAGGGUGCUUUCAGAUCUGGUGUCUGUGACCUGAUUGAUGUAUGCCCUUGUCUCUUACCCUCAGAGGGACCAAUAGGGUUGCUGAAGAAGCUUAACCAAGGAGUGAACAGAACUAGAAGAUCAAAAUGUUUUUAUCAAAUACAUUCACAGCUUGACAAGAUUGUGUUUUUAACAUAAUAAUAGUAAUAUGACUUUGGGGGAAACUUACAUAUGGAGUAAAGUUGCUUAAUGUUGAAUAACUUCUCUUUUCCACAAUGCGCUAUUCACUAUUGAGAAAAUGUUCCUUAUUUUGUCAAACAACGUAAUGUCAGUACUAAAUUAAUUAGAAGAAAAACUUAAUAUACCAAUUUAUGUAACUUGAACUUACAAGUGUGAAAAUAGAUUAUUUGAAAAAAAAAGAUGUGUUACAUAAUUUUCACAUGUUAAAAUGAACUCAUUUAUGGACGUAGUGGUGCUAUAUUUUUACACAACCAUUGCUUUACUUUUCUACCUUGAAAAGCAAUGGAACUGUUGCCAUUGCCUUUUUGUGUUGUGAAAUUACAGCUGAAAAAAUAUUGUGAUAUGUUUAGGCUUCAGUGUGCCUAAUGUGAACAAAAUUUCCUAAUACUAAAGUACCUUAAUAUUAUUUCAGACAUUGGAAGAGUUAAGCCCCUUGUGCUCUGAGUGGAAAGCUGGUAGGUUAAAGACGACCUGCAGACAAAAGUACAGCCAUCAUUCCCUAUCGUUUGGCUUGCUUCUGACUCUUCUUUUAAUGCUAAAAUGUGUGAUAUCUGUAGAGAAUGUGCAUAAGGAAGUGGAAUGGUGUAAGUGCAGUUUUGAUUUUUAUUUUGGAAUGCUUAUGAUCAAAUAAGUGAAGGAAGUCUUUUUUUUUUUAAACAACUGUAACAUACCUCUGAUGUUUGCUUUUACAUUUUGAAGGCAAAGAUGAAUGUGAGAAUGCCUAAUAGGAAGCAGGGUAUUGAAGCAAAUAAAUUUUAGAUUUGAUUUUAAAA